AUGGAAGAGUCUGAGCCUGAGAACAAGAAGAAGAAAACUAGAAAUCCAAGAACUUCACAAGGAUCGCUUCGGCUUGUUCUGAAGCAUGCAGACCUUCUGGAUACUUUGUUGAUGAUACUUGGAACAAUUGGAUGUUUUGCAGAUGGUUCAAGCGUGGCUGCAAACAUGCUAGUGCUUGGCAGCCUUAUGAACAGUUAUGGUAGAGGUGCAUCUGCUUUCAACCCUGAUGACAUAAACAAGUAUGCCCUUGAACUGUUUUAUGUUGCUGUUUUGGUUGGUUCCGGAGCAUUCUUAGAGGGAUUCUGUUGGGCACGCACCGCUGAAAGACAGACAUCUCGACUACGCACCAGAUAUCUACAAGCUGUCCUACGCCAAGAUGUAGGGUUUUUUGAUAAAGUUGAUGGAACAUCCAUGACAUCUCAAGUGGUCUUGAGCAUUUCCACUGACACACUUACCAUACAAGGAGUUAUCUCUGAGAAGAUUCCAAACUUCAUUACAAAUAUGGCAAUGUUCACUACUGCUCAAUUAGCAGCAUUAUAUCUUUCCUGGAGAUUGGCAGUUAUUGGCAUCCCUGCGCUCUUGAUGUUGAUUAUUCCAGGACUAGUGUAUGGGAAGCUAUUGUCUUCUGUUGGACAAAAGAUCCAAGAAGCUUAUGCUGUUGCAAGUGGAAUAGCGGAGCAGGCGUUCUCAUCCAUCAGGACUGUUUAUUCUUAUGUUGGAGAACAGCAAACAACAAGCAGAUUUUCAUCAGCUUUAGAACCUACUCUGAAUCUAGGCAUUAAACAAGGACUCCUGAAAGGAAUGGCGAUUGGUAGCAUUGGUCUUAUAUUUGCAGUUUGGGCACUAGAGGGCUGGUACGGGAGCAUCCUAGUCAUUGAAAAGGGGCUCAAAGGUGGGGAUUGUUUCACAGCUGGAGUUUGUAUCAUCUUUGGGGGAGUUGCAUUGGGGAGUUCUCUAGUAAAUAUCAAAUACUUUGCUGAAGCAAAUAUUGCAGCUGCAACCAUUUUUCAAAUGAUUGAACGCAUUCCAAGCAUAGACUCUACAGAUCCGAAAGGGGAAACCAUUAAUGAUGUCAAAGGUGAAUUGGAGUUCAAGGACAUUGACUUCGCAUAUCCAACUAGACCAGAUAACUUAGUACUUAGAAAGUUCAAUCUCAAGGUGAUACCCCGCCAAACUGUUGGCUUGGUUGGUGGCAGUGGUUCAGGGAAAUCAACAGUGAUCAAUUUGCUUGAGAGAUUUUAUGAUCCGCUUGGAGGAGAAGUAUUACUCGAUGGGAUUAAUAUAAAGACCUUGCAACUAAAAUGGUUGCGGAAGCAAAUGGCAUUAGUUAGUCAAGAACCUAUACUUUUUGCAACAUCAAUCAAAGAGAAUAUUUUGUUUGGAAAAGCUGAAGCUUCAGAAGAGGAGAUUAUCCAAGCGGCCAAAGCUGCCAAUGCCCAUAACUUCAUCACACAAUUACCUGAUGGAUACGAUACUCUGGUGGGUGAACUGGGAAUUCAGAUGUCUGGAGGGCAGAAACAGAGGAUUUCCAUUGCAAGAGCAUUGCUCGUGAACCCAAGAAUCUUGCUGCUUGAUGAAGCCACAAGUUCACUAGAUUCACAUUCUGAGAAAGCUGUUCAGAAUGCCUUGAAUCAAGUCUCACAGGGACGUACUACUCUUAUAGUUGCACAUCGUCUUUCUACCUUGCGCAAUGCUGAUGCAAUUGCUGUCAUUCGGUCAGGACAAGUUGUAGACUUUGGUUCACAUGAUGAACUUGUUCAGAACAAGUAUGGUCCAUAUUCACUGAUGGUGCAACAACAGAAGAAACUCAUGAAUGAUGAAAUAAUUUGUACGCCUAAAGAAGCUGAAGUCCACAGCUCAUCGAUCACUGAAACGAACGCUCCAGCUGAAAUGAGGAUGACCUAUCCAGCUUCUUCACUUUUCCUCCAUAAGAAGCAAAAAGACCACGAAGUGAUGGAUAAAGAGUACAGUCCCCCUACUUUUCUGCAAUUGUUGAAAAUGACCACACCUGAAUGGAGUUCAACCCUACUGGGAAGCCUUGGAGCCCUACUCUAUGGAUUUGUACAUCCAUUGCAUUCUUUUUGCCUAGGUGCAUUAAUAUCCGUUUACUUCAUCAAUGAUCACAAUGAAAUCAAGUCACAGACAAGAAUAUAUUGCUUUGUCUUCGUGGGCCUAUCAGUUGUUGCUUUCAUAACAAAUACAAUUCAGCAUUACAGUUUCGGAAUAAUGGGAGAGAAUCUGACCAAGAGAGUUAGAGAGGCAACCAUGGCGAAGAUCCUAACUUUUGAGACACAGUGGUUUGAACAAGAAGGUAACAGUACUGGCGCUUUGUGCUCAAGAUUAGCUAAAGAUGCAACCCUGGUAAGAUCUCUGGUUGCAGAUAGAUUGGCAUUUCUUAUUCAGUCAAUUUCAGGAGUUACUAUGGCAGUCAUUUUGUCACUGGUGUUGGCUUGGAGAAUUGCUCUCGUAGCUAUUGCACUGCAGCCAGUUACCGUUGGUGCCUUUUAUCUAAAGGGCAAGAUGAUGACUAGCAUGUCCAAGAAAAUAUUGCAGUUCCAAAACAGAAGCAAUGAGUUAGCAAGUGAGGCUGUUGGUAACCACAGAAUCAUUACGGCAUUUUACUCUCAGGAUAAGGUCAUGACAUUGUUUCAGAAGGCACAAGUAGGCCCCAAGAAGGAGAGCCGCAAGCAAUCUUGGUAUGCUGGCCUGGGGCUAUUCACCUCACAGUUUCUUGGAGCAACAAACAUGGCACUACUUUUCUGGUAUGGGGGUAAACUGAUUUACCAUCAGGAUAUAUCAUUCAAGCACCUUUUCCAGACAUUUUUCAUCAUGAUGACAGCAGGAAAAGUGGUAGGAGAGAGUGGAAGCAUGAGUACGGAUCUAUCAAAAGGGACGGACGCAUUGAAGGCACUUUUCAUGAUUCUGCGAAGAACGAGCAUGAUGGAUCCGGAUGACCAACAUGCCAUCAUUCCCUCACAAUUACAUGGAAAAGUAGAACUAAAAGAGGUGGAUUUCUUCUACCCAACAAGACCAAAGCAACUGAUCUUAAAUAAUCUCAGCUUAACAGUUGAAGCAGGAGAAGUGGUUGCUUUGGUCGGUCAAAGUGGCUCCGGAAAAUCAACAAUCAUCAGAAUGAUUGAAAGAUUUUAUGACCCAUCAAAGGGUUCAGUCGAAAUAGAUGGCAUUGAUAUAAAAUUAUACAAUCUGAGAGCUUUAAGGUCACACAUUGCCUGGGUAGGUCAGGAGCCCUGUAUUUUUGCACGAACAAUCCAUGAAAACAUUGCCUACGGAACACAGGGUGCAACUGAAGCCGAGGUUGUUGAGGCAGCAACUCUUGCAAAUGCACAUGAAUUCAUAAGCUCAAUGCAAGAUGGUUAUGGAACUUACUGCGGAGAAAGAGGAGCGCAGUUAUCAGGAGGCCAAAAACAAAGGAUAGCUAUCGCUCGUGCGAUUUUGAAAAAGCCACGAAUAUUUCUUCUAGAUGAGGCAACAAGUGCAUUGGACGUUAAAUCUGAAAAUCUUGUACAAGAUGCCUUUGACAAGACCAUGACUGGUAGGACAUGCCUCAUUGUGGCUCAUAGACUAUCUACAAUUCAAAAGUCAAACAAAAUCUGUGUGGUUGAGAAUGGUAGGAUCAUAGAAGAGGGCUCUCAUGAUGAUCUGCUAGCAAAAGGAGAAAGUGGUGCCUACCAUACACUUGUAAAACUCCAACACCAGGCAACAGCGAAAUGAAGAGCAACUCAUGUUAAGGCCAAGGUGAAAAAGAUUCAUACAAAUCAACAUGUAUAGAGUCAAACAGUGAGAGUUCGUUUUUAUAAGCUCAAUUUGUAUCAUAUCGUCAGGCAUUUCGUUGUAUGAUCUCUCCUAUGGCUAUUGAUAUCCUACCCAGUGAACUAGUUCCAGUUAAUCAGUCUGAUGCUUGUAUCAGCUUUUCCAAUCACUGAUGAUUCUAAGAUUGAUCACAAUAUAUCUGCUAUGCUUAGAUGAUUG